UUAAUGAGGAGAUCUUGGCCGAGGAAAGGAACAUCACAUUGGAGGAAACGGCGGGAAUUAUUGGGAACCUCUUUGUGCAACGCAUGCGAUGCAGUGAACAUUUCGACGCUGCAGUGUGUGAAACGUGUUUGAAUGCCGAACAGCUGUUCUCAAUUCUCAACGUCAACCAACAAGAUGGCCUGGACGAGAACAACUUCCAACGCGCAUGCGUCGUACUCAUGUACUACGUCACCGACCUCGGGACGACAUGCGCAGACGUCUCGCUUCACUCGAAGACGUACGAAUAUUUUGAGCACGAAAUACAACAGAGGACUGACGGCACGCUGAACAUCACAGAAGAUGAGCUUGAACAGAUGCUGGACUCUGUGGCUGUUGCGUACACUGCUGAGAACUAUGCCAAGUGUUUCAAUGUAGAGACCAUCUUUGACGCCGCCGUUGCUGACCACGUGGCCGGCGCAAACGACCACGAGGUAGAAGAUGUUGCCGCCAUUUUGAUUUCCAGUCUGGUGCGUGGAUUUUGCAUCGGUAACGCUACUGAGGUAGACCCAGACGCCUUUCUGGAGGACAUCUUUGAGACAUAUUCCACAGAUGGAAUCAUGAGUGAAGAACAAUUCGUUGCAAUUUACACAAUAAUCGUAAAUGCCGAGGAGGAACAUGCACAUGAAGCCCACGCUAGGCGAAGACGAAACGUCGAUGAGCAUGAUCACGAUCACGAGCAUGAUCACGAGCAUGAUCACGAUCACGAGGAAGGCCAUGGGCAUGGAGUAGAUUCGUGUUUCACCAUCGACGAGCUCCUUGAAACUUUUGGUGUCAAUCACAGCGUGGGCCUAACACGUCAGCAAUUCAAGGAAAUAAGCCCCGCCCUCAUUCAGCAGGCUGUCAGCGACGCAUGCGCACACGAGGAGCAUACUGAUCCACGAAUAGCACCAAAUACUGGUGAAGUUUGGGGUUAUAGCAUGCUAGCGGUAUUCAUCAUCAGUCUCUGUGCCGUGGCUGGCGUAGUCUUCCUCCCGUGUCUGAACUCGGAUGUCUACCUCAACGUGUUGCAGACGAUGAUGGCGCUCGCCGUAGCUACCCUUGUUGGUGAUGCUGUAAUUCAUCUUAUACCACAGGCUGUUGGUCUACACGCUCAUGAUUUUGCGGCAACAUCUGGUGAACAUAACCACGACGCAGGCUCAGAUGAAUUAGCGUUCAUAUGGAAGUGCCUGGUAGUCGUUGCAGCUAUCUAUGCCUUCUUCCUCGUCGAAAGCCUCAUGCACAUGUCAGGAGGUGGACACUCCCAUUCAGGAGAGUCGGGAGGACUGGAGAGGUCACGGCCACCAAGCAUGAGACUUAAGGAGGCAGUUAACGGUUCCUUCAAGAAGUCGCCCUCUGUGCAGCAGCUAGAACUGGCUGACGUAGAGGAUGACGUCAGGACUAAGACGCCAAAACCUACAGUUUGUUGUGGCAUUGGAUCUCUGCCGUUCAUGAUACUGGUAGGAGACGGUCUGCACAACUUCGGCGAUGGUUUGGCCAUUGGUGCCGCCUUUGCAACAAGCGUAGGUGCCGGACUCUCAACAAGCAUUGCCGUCCUCUGCCACGAGUUGCCCCAUGAACUUGGGGAUUUUGCUGUCCUUUUAAACUCCGGGCUCACUUUCCGUCAGGCCCUCGGUUUUAAUUUUCUGUCUGCCACGAUGGCAUUUAUCGGCCUCUGUAUCGGGAUACCGCUGGCUGCUGGUAACGCCGAGGCUCGCCAGUGGAUAUUCGCCGUGGCUGCUGGGAUGUUUUUAUACGUAGCACUUGUAGAUAUGCUUCCAGAACUGAUUCACCACGAGCUGAAGAACAAAGGAACCGUCUUCCUUCUUCACAAUGCAGGUUUCCUGUGCGGAACCGUCAUCAUUCUAGUCAUUGCCUUAUACGAGGAUGCAAUUAACAUAAGCAUUUAAGUUAGAUGCAAAUGAGGAUUAUAAUGAGAUUUAAAUGAGGGUGUAGUAAUAUUCAAAUUAGAUGUAAAUGAGGCUUACAAUGAGAUUUUAAUGAGGGUGUAAUAAUAAGCUAAUGAUAAGCUAGCAUUUAUAUAGCGCCUUUUCCAUAGGUUACAAAGCGCUUGGAUAUGUCCAGCACAGAUCAAAAGUCAAAAUCAAAGACAAAACAAGUGAGUCUUUAGCAAUUUCUUAAAUGAAUCAACUGAGCUUGCUUUUCUGCAGCUAUCAGGAAAUGAGUUCCACGGAGCUGGGCCUGCAUUUGAGAAGGCUCGGUCUCCUGCACUAGUGCUUGUCCUCUAUGCUCAGUGAGAAGGUUGCGUGAGGAAGAACGCAGCAUGCGUGAUGGUUGAUGUUGCUGAAGCCUUUUCACAGAUGUUUACUGGGUAUUUCAGAAUGUGUGCCUUUAUUGAAGUCAACACGCGUAGUAACAUUCAAAUUAUAUGUAAAUGAGGAUUAUAAUGAGAUUUAAAUGAGGGUGGAUCGAGUUGUAUUCAAAUGGUGAUAUUUUUAAUGAGUAUUAUUUGAAUAAUGAAAUUACUUUUACGGCUUUUUAUCCAUAAUCAAUAAUGAGAAGUUUUAAAGUGUUACUAACACCUUAACACAAUUUAGUUACAAAAUGUAUAAAUUACUCAGCAUUAACACAUGAGGUAAGAAUGGAGUAGUGUAUAGUCAUGAAGAUUUAAAUGAGAUGUUAAUGGUAUUAUUUGGAUGUUGGGACCUAACUUCGUAUAACGCCUCUCUGAAUAACUAUUCUAUGCAUGCAGGAAUUUCUGCAGCCACAAUAUGUACACAGCCAAUGGAAGAAUCUGUAUUGGAUCGAGCACUAUCUGACGGAUAAUUAUUGUAUUGUCUAAUUUGUGUAAAUUUUUUUAAUAAUGAAGAAAGGUACACAUCUCAAAACUUGUGCAGCUGUUACUUUUAGAAUGAUGCAAGUGUAAAUUUUCACUCAGAGCCUCAUUGCCGACUAGGCCAUCGAUGUACUAGGUCACAAUUGUUGUAAACAAGGUGUAGCAACUUCAAUUACUGACUUACACUCACUGGAUUAGGUUAACGAACCACGUGUACAAUGUACAUGACUUUAAUAAACAACAAGUUGGAUGCCAACACAACUACAAAACACCCUUUCUACAACCAGUCGAUAGAGGACGCUAACACAAUAAUCAACUACAGGUUAUCACAACUGGUUUACAUUAUUUGAACCACUAAAUACUUUAAUUUGGGGUAUUUUUGUUUCUCUUUUUGUUAGAGCUUGUCAAUGCUCACUGAGCUUGGCCCCCUACACUUUUGCUUUCUGUUUACUAUGCAUUUUUCGUUUAAGCAGUUGACAUAACUUUUUCAUUUAAUGUUUUUUAUUCCUAAUAAUUAGUAUUCAAUGUGAUGGGGCCGAAUAAAAAAAUAAAGUAAACUGCAGUUAUAAAA